AUGUCGUCUCCGACGGCGACGCCCCUCUCCGUCUCCCUCGACGGGCUCGUCCUCCAAUCCCGAUCCACUUCUCGCUUCUGCUCCUUCAAUGGCAGGGGUCCGCCUCUCUCUCCAAGCCUCAGGCUCUCCCGUCCCCUCCUUCUCCCCCUCCGCAGCCGCAGAUGGCCCUCUCUCAGAUCCGGAGAAGACCAUUCUUCUUCUUCUUCUUCUUCUUCUUCUUCUUCUUCUUCUUCUUCUUCUUCUUCUUCUUCUUCUUCUUCUUCUUCUCCUUCUUCUUCCUCCAUCCUCCCGCCAUCGCAGGUCGCCUUCUCUCUUUUCGGAGACCCGCCUAGAGCAGGGACCUUCCUCGGGCCCGACGCUGGCGAGAAGCUCCGGUUCUUGGAAGGCUUCCGCUACCUCUACGAGUUCCCACACGGGUCGCUGGAAGUCCGCCUUAUGGGGGCCGACGAGGUCGCCGCCACCGCCAAGCUGCUGGCCGAGUCCUUCGCCGACAGCGUCUUCAUUCCCUCGCGCUACACCCACUUCCUGGAGUUCCUGGUGGCGCAAUAUGUCGCACAGAAGAGGGCCCAGCUUCCCCACGCGGCCACUCUCCUCGGGAUCUACCGGGAAGAAGGCGCCGCCGCCGCCGAGGGGAAGCUCGCCGGUACGGCGGAGGUCUCCUUUAAUGUCAUGGGGUCCAAUGUCUCCUCCCCCUCCCCGCCUCCCCCAAGAGACGUCCCCUACAUCUGCAACAUGACCGUGGAACAGUCCCUCAGGAGGUACCCAUCUCCGCUUCACUGUUCUUCUGCAACUCCCCGGACCUUUUUGGCGUUUCUCCAUCUUCUUUGUUCGUUAGAAUUAUCUGCUAUUUCUGUGGUGAUUCUUGGGCACAAACAGGGCCAAGUUCUGGCCUUGAAAGACGGGCUUCUGGUUCCCGUACCGGGUCACCAGGUGACCAGUGGAGCUCUCUUGCGUAUAAGUUGACCUGGGCAGGUGAUUGGCGUUAUAAUAGUCCCCCAUCAGAGCGGAUAAACACAACCCACCCUACUCCAUGGUUAAAGGGAUCAUCCUGUUUCCACUUAUAGCCUAGUACUUACUACUGUUCAUGAGAUUGAAUAAUAAAUAUUCCUCCAAACACUUUUAAUUCUUGGUCUUGCCUUCUCGGGCAAGAUUUUAUGAUCUAAUUCGUCGUCUUCUCCAGGAUCAGAGGAUUUCUAUCCGGAAUGACAGAAUAUUUCUAUCAGUAAUUCAGUCCCAUCUCCUCCCCAAUCGACUUCCUUUAGAUGGAUUAAUAACUAAAUCCAUUUUCUUCGUCACUGGACUAUCCCCAUGAUCUCUCUCUCUUCCUUGUAUGGUUAGCUUCAAUUUUUUUUUUCCUGCAUCAUAUGUGAUCCUUAUCUUCUAUCCUGCCCAUUGUUGAAUGGAUCCUCCUACACUCAUAUCUGGGGGUUUCCUUGGAUUCAAUUCCAUGGGCAGGAGGGGUAUUGGGUGGCAUUUGCUGAAGGCCUGCGAGGAGCUGAUAUCCAAGAUGAGCCCUUCAGCUGAGGUCUACCUCCACUGCAGGGUGAUCGACGAGGGGCCUCUGAGCAUGUACAACAAGGCCGGCUACUCCAUCAUCGAGACCGACAGUUUCUUCGUCUGGUUGAAGCUUCAGCAGCGCAAGCACUUGAUGCGCAAGCAGCUUGCUGCGUCCUGUGAAUGA